UGUGCUGUCGAUCUGGCAAUCAGCAGCGCUGUCUCCUGCCCUGAUACCCCCGUGGCCCCCGCUCCUCUCGCGACUUUGACCCCCACAACUCCACGACGACCUCAAGAUGUCCGACUUUCCUCUUUCUUUUUUGUACAACCUCCCUCCUCCGGACCGAGGCGUGUCCCUUGGUGACCAUCUGGCCCGGCAUGUGACGGAUUCGGGUCGCGUUCGGACCCUCAUCGACGCGCUGCCCUCAACGAGCGGUCCUGCGCUGUUGAGUCCUGACCUCAACCGGCCUCCGAUCACCCAUGCGGAAGCCAAACGCUUCAUUCAACGCUUUUCGAUGCCCUUUACUCGCAAGCAACUCGGUCCCAACGAUCGCGUCAUGAUGGCACUACCUACGGGUCCAGAGAACGCAUUGGCUCUGAUGUCAGUCGCCGCCUAUCACACUUGUGCGCCUGUGAAUGCCAGCUGCACCGCCGGCGAGCUUCGUGACGAUGCUGUCAGGUUGCGUGCCAAAGCUGUGGUAACCACGCGAGAUGCAGCAGAACGCUUGGAGGUGCAAGCCUUGUACGAGGAGGAAGGCAUGGAGAUCAUCUUUGUCGAGGGGCGUGGAAGUGGACCGUGCGGCGUCUUCGACAUGGCAUGUCUUGGCCAAGAAGCUGCUGCUAGUCGAGGUGGCCGAUCGCCGUCCAUGCCCCAUGGACUGGAGCACCAGUCGCUUGUGCUGCACACCUCGGGUACCAGCGGUAAGAAGAAGGUGGUGCCCUACUCUCUGCGCCACCUGAUCGUCGGUACAUGCUGCGUCGUUUCGAGUUGGGAUCUUAGACCACACUCCGUCAACAUGAACAUGAUGCCUCUCUUCCACGUCGGCGGUAUUGUCAGGAAUCUUUGGUCUCCAAUGUUCUCUGCUGGUAGUGCUAUCAUCUGCGCUGGCUUUGACGCCAACAUGUGGUGGACUGUAGCGAAGCAACUUGGUGCCACUUGGUACUAUGCGGCUCCAACCAUGCAUCACUCUAUUCUGGCCUCAAAGCCGGAGGGCGUGAACGUCGCUAGGGAAGUGAAGAUCAAGAUGAUUGCGAAUGCUGCUGGUGGUCUGCUGCCAUCCCUUGCCGUCCAGUUGAAGGAGACCUUCGGUGGCUGCGCCGUGCUGCCCUCCUACGGCAUGACAGAAUGCAUGCCUAUUGCUUCGCCACCCACAAAUUAUCAGCUCGACCGUCCUGGAUGCUCAGGCGUUGCAUGCGGCCCAGAGCUUUCGAUCAGAGAUCCUUUCGAUAGGGAACGAGAACUGCCAGUCGGACAGACUGGAGCGGUAUCAGUGCGCGGACUUCCGACGUUCUCUGGAUACGAGACGUCGACCGAUCCCUUCGAGCCUUUGGACACCUCUGCAUUCUCAAGCGAAGGCUGGUUCGACUCGGGUGACAUGGGUCACAUGGACAAGGAUGGCUAUCUCUUCAUCACCGGUCGCUCAAAGGAGAUCAUCAACAAGGGUGGUGAAGUCGUCUCGCCCUUUGAGGUCGAAGAAGCCAUCACGCAAGCAUGCAAAGAUCGUGUCAAGCAAACGCUCGCGUUCAGCAUCGAGCACACCGUCCUGCAAGAGACUAUCGGGGUGGUCAUCGUGCCUGUUCCAAAUCAGCCCCGCAUCGGUCUUGCAGAGUUGCAGAACUUGUUGCGAUCACACUUACAUCCAUCCAAGUGGCCGUUCGCUAUCGUCUACAUGGACGACUUGCCGAAGAAUCAGGCCGGCAAACCUCUGCGUAUCAAGCUUGGCCAGCGACUUAGCAUUGGGCCCCUCUCCGACGAUGUGCCUCCUUUGAGGCGUCACUUUGAGGCUCGAGCACCGGGCAAGGAAGUUCCGCUGUCUACCCCGAUUCCUUGCAAUCUCGUCAGCGUGGAUGUUCGAGCUGUUGAGCGCGCCUGCUACCGCAUUCCGGGCAUCGUAGAAGCUGCGGUCCGGCAACGAAAGGACGGUGCUCCCGAAGCGUUCAUUCAAGUCGAAGAGAAUGCCGAAUACGACGCGGCGGAUAUCGACCGAGCUCUUGCGCAGGUCCUUCACGGAUACGUCGUACCCAACCCGCUGCACGUCUUCCGCCAGCCGCUCGCAAAGGUCAACGGCAGGAUCGACUUUGAGACUAUGGAGGAAGAGGUGCGCGCCCAGAACGCGUCAGCUAUGACGAGGACUGCGCUUGUGGUCCGCGACAUCAUCGCCAAGCUGCUCGACACCGAAUCUGGCACGAUCACGGCCGAAUCCGAUUUCUUCUUGCUCGGUGGAAACAGUCUUCUCCUGGGCCGACUAGUCCACCUCAUUCGCAAGGAGACAGGCGUCAGUUUGGAAGUGUCUACCUUGUUCAACAAUUCCACAGUCGAGGGUAUUGCUGCGCUCAUCGAGGACGAGACGGGCGGCGAUGAGGACGAUGACUACGGAGACAUGGACUACGCGGAUGAAAAGACCGGAGCUCAGGGCGCCUUCGCUUCCGCGCAUCGGUACGACGAUGAUGCUGCUGGCGACCUCGAUCCAGCAGUCACUGCUCACGGAUACAAGCCACGCAGCCAGACACAUCCUUGGGUCAUGUUGAUACAGCUCAUGCCCAUUCUUUUCUUCUACCCAUUCAAAGCAGCCUGGACUUGGACAGUCAUUCUGCAUGGCCUCGCCUUCUCCGCCUACUAUAUCCGCGACGACUUUUGGGAACGUGUCGGAGUGCUGCUCGCUUCCAUCGUUGUCGCCCGUUUCACGAGUCGUAUCAUCUGCCCAGUCACUGCCAUUGCCUUCAAGUGGCUCGUCAUUGGCAGGUACCGUCCCGGCAAGUAUCCGAUGUGGUGCAACUACCACCUUCGCUGGUGGCUCGUCAACCAAUCUUUGCGCACUGCCGGUAAAGGUCUCUUCGCAUUGACACCGGGCCUCACCAGGACUUACUUCAGGCUUCUGGGCAUGUCCAUCGGCUCUGACGUUCAGAUCGACAAGUUUGCGAAGAUUGCAGAGCACGACCUGAUCACCAUCCACGACGGAGCUCGAAUCGACAAGUCGCUUGUCCGAGCCUUUUGCGUGGAGCGCGAUGGCUACUUCCGUCUCGAACCAAUCAUCAUCGGACGCGACUGCGUGGUCAACACGUUCACUCAGAUCUCGCCCGGUGCUCGACUCGCAGACGGUACGGUAUGGGGUCCGCAAGCCUCUUCGCACGAAGAACCCUCUUCCGACGCUUAUGCGGCUUACAAUCGGAACGCUGCGCCAAUGCCCCACUGGGCGCUAGUGUGGUUCAUCGGAACGCCGAUCCUGCUGAUCAUCAAGGUGAUCUGCUAUGUACCAUGGUUUGCAGCUCUCUUCAUGCUGUUGUCCCAACCUUUCGAGUUCAGCCACAACGACAGCGUCAAGGGUGUCAUCGCGUGGUUUGCAUACAAUCCGCGUAUCGGAUGGCACUACGUCGCGCGCAUCAUGCGAAACGUCAUGCCACCACUUAUCAACCUCGUGCUUGGUGUGCUGGUCAAGCGAGUGCUCGGUCUCAACCGCGAGGGCUCCACGCGCAACGCUACCCAACUCACGCUCUUCCGUCGCUGGAUCAACGGACAACUUCUGUCGCAGCCUAACAUUCGACGCGCCAUGGCGAUUCUUGGUACUCACUACGAGAUGACUUCGGUUGUGUACCGUGCCAUGGGUGCCAAGGUCGGCAAGCGAGUGUACUGGCCAGGAAGCGGAAUCUACUGUCCCGACCCCGAGCUAUUGGAGAUUGGUGACGACGUCGUUUUCGGUUCACGAUCUGAAGUCUUCACCUCCGACUCCAUUGGCUGGGCUCGCGUUCGCGUUGGCCGAGGUGCGAUGAUUGCAGAUCGCGUUGUGCUGCUGCCAGGAACGACCAUUGGCAAGCAGUGUGUCAUGGGCUCUGGUGCGCUUGCCGUUCGCAACGGCCUGUACGAGGAGAACACCGUCUGGAUGGGCUCUAAGAACGGCGCGGCAGUCAGCUUCGGAAAGGCGGCCAAGGAGAACAAGGAGGGCAUGUCAGCCGGAGAUGACGACGAGACCAUCACUCCAUUCGGUCGAGCAUUCUACAAGCGCAAGGCCAACUUCUUCGUCUUCCCAUAUCUCAUGCUCGUUGCCAUCAACAUCGUCAUGGCUGUCUUCUCUUCAGCAUACUGGGCAAGCGCAGCCGUCGCUACCGUCGUUACCCUCAACUUUGCUCGUCAACACUUGGAAGUCGCCGCUGCCAAGAUUUUCGACGAUCACUGGUACCGCCCUGGAUUGGUGUACGUGUUUAUCGCCAUCUGUUUCGUCGUGGUUCUCAACAUCCAAAUGCUUCUCGCCUUUGCCUGGGUGGUCGGCACGAAGUGGGCCGUCAUCGGCAGAAGACGAGAGGGUCGCUACGACUGGGACAAGAGCAGCUACUGUCAACGCUGGCAGCUGCACCUCACGAUGCAGCGCCUACUUGGAAAAGGUUUCGGCGGCCACAUUCUCGGCAAUCUUUCGGGCACUGUCUUUGUCGUCUGGUACUUGCGCUCUCUCGGCGCAACGGUGGGCCGCGAUUGUGCUAUCUGGGCAGGUGGCAAGCCAAGCUUGCAAUUGACCGAGCCCGAGCUGGUGACCAUGGGCGACCGCGUAUCGCUAGACGAUUGCUCAGUAGUUGCGCACAUCAACUCUCGAGGGCGCUUCAGCCUGAACAAGCUGAGGAUUGGCGACGGAUGUGCUAUGCGCACUGGAUCGCGCCUCCUCUCUGGUGCAUCGAUGGAACCACGAUCGAUGCUGCUCGAGCACACUCUGGUCGCCAGUGGUGAAAUUGCGGAAGCCGGCGCGGUCUACGCAGGAUGGCCUGCCAGGCAACUGAGGACAAGACGACCCAAGGCCACGGCUCUGGGAAAUACGUCUGCAAACAGCAGUAGCUUCAACGUGUCAGGAUCGGGCUUCAAAUAAUUCGUUGCUGCCGGCCGGUCCAACACACUCCUGCAAGAAAUGGCCUCCGCCCUCACCGUCACCUUCUUUUGGCGACAGCAGCAGCCCAUCCAACGACCUUCCCUCCGCAUGGAUGCGGUUUGCAGCCGGUCUCGCUCUUUCUCGUCGCCAACCCAAACCGCUACAAAAGAACAUUGAUUUUCUGGCACUCCCAUCUAAUACAGGGUCAUCUUUGAGCACA